AUGACCAUGAGACUCUCGCCAAAUGACUCGCUGCAGCUGAGGGAAACGCUCCAAACAGCAGUGGUCAAAUGCUCCGAACGAUGCCUGUAUCAGUCAGCAAAAUGGGCUGCCGAGCUUCUCGAUGCGCUCCCAGAACCCGAUGUUGAGGCGCAGAUGUCAGAUGCGCCGGACAGCCAUGUCCAUCCUAUAUUCGCACCCAAUCCCGACCCCGUUGAGGCCGCCCUCGAGGCCCAGGAGCUGAGUCGGUACCUACUCGCAAAGUCCUUCUUCGACUGCAAGGAAUUCGAGCGAUGCGCCGCCGUCUUCCUUCCUGAGCCCCUACUUGCAGGCCUGUUGGGAGCCAACACAAACGACACGGCGACCCCGAAAGGCAAGGGCAAAACUAAGGCCUCCGCCUCCUUGUCGUCGGAAUACACUCUGCCCGAGAUCAGCCAAAAAAGCAUGUUCCUCGCUCUGUACGCAAAAGUCAUAGCGGGUGAGAAACACAAGGAUGAGGACACCGAAAUGAUUAUGGGGCCGCAGGACUCGGGUGCCGUCAUCAACAAGCAGCUGGUUGUGGUCAGCCGCUUCCUCACCAAAUGGUUUGCUGAACGCAAGGCCGACGACGGCGACUACCCAGCCAGCCAGGGCUUCCUGGAAUAUCUGUACGGCAUGGUUCUGGCAAAAGAGAAAAAUGACAGCCUUGCGUUGGACUAUCUCAUGCAGAGCGUACAUUUAUUUCCCUGGAACUGGGGCGCGUGGUUGGAGAUAACUAAUCUGGUUUCCAGGGUUGAGCAGCUGAACAAGGUUACGCGGCACCUCCCUCAGAACAUUAUGUCCUACAUCUUCCAUGCCAACACCUCCAUCAGCCUCUACCAGCAGAACCCAGAGCUUGCUGGCUCACUAAAAGAUCUCCUCGGCAUCUUCCCGACUUCAUCCUUCCUCUUAACCUGUAAAGCGUUACUGUGCUACCAUUCCAAGGACUUGUUCGCUGCCGAGCAGGAAUUUAACAGGAUACUAGCCCUACACCCACACCGGCUCGACUGUCUGGACCACUACUCCAACAUCCUGUACGUUCUGAACCGGCGACCCAAGCUAGCUUUCCUGGCCCAUCUCUGUGCCAACAUCGACAAGUUCCGCGCUGAAUCCUGUGUCGUGAUUGGGAACUAUUACUCGCUGCUCUCACUGCACGAGAAGGCGGUGCAGUACUUCCGCCGGGCCCUCACCCUCGACCGCUCCUGUCUUUCGGCGUGGACGCUCAUGGGUCACGAGUACGUCGAGCUUAAGAACACCCACGCGGCCAUCGAGUCAUAUCGCCGAGCAGUCGACGUCAACCGGAGGGACUACCGCGCCUGGUACGGCCUGGGCCAGACGUACGAGGUGCUCGAGAUGCACGCCUACGCGCUGUGGUACUACAAGAAGGCAGCUGGCCUCCGGCCCUGGGACGCUAAGAUGUGGCAGGCCGUCGGCUCGUGCCUACAGAGGAUGGGUCGGGAUCGGGACGGCAUUAAGGCGCUCAAGCGCGCCCUGCUCGCCGACAGCUACUACGACACCACCACGGCGAGCAGCUUCGGCAGCGCCGCCGCCGUCGACCGCAUGUCGCAGAUGGAUCCCGAGGUGUUGCUGCAGAUCGCCACCAUGUACGACCGGCUUGACGAAGAGGAGGAGGCCAAGGCGUACAUGGAGCUCUGCCUGGCGCAAGAAGAGGGCGCCGCAGGCGCUGACGAGGGCGGCGGCGGAGCUCUGGGCGAUUCCAUCGCCAUCCACCAUGACUCGCCGAGCUCCGAGGCCGGAGGCGGCGAAGGCGCGGUAGCCGGAGCGGGCGGCACCGACGGGAGUGGUACAGGCGUCACGUUCGCUACUAGCAAGGCGCGCAUGUGGCUGGCGCGGUACGCGAUGCGGGCCGAGGACUACGCCACGGCGGUGCGGCUGGCGACGGAGCUCUGCCAGGACGGCGUCGAGGUCGAGGAGGCCAAGGCGCUUAUGCGCGAGGCGCGCUCGAGGAUGGAGCUGGCGAAUCUGGUGGAGCGCUAG